AUGGGAUCUACGCCACAAGAUAUCACCUACGACUUUGUAAUUUGCGGAGGGGGUACCUCUGGAUGCGUUGUUGCAUGCCGUCUUGCCGAGAUCCCUGGGGCCAGUGUUUUGGUCAUCGAAGCUGGCGCGCACAAUGAAAACCUCGAAAAUGUCCACAUGGCAGGGGGCUGGUCUCAGUUAUUUGACAAGGAAACUGAUUGGAAUGUCAUCAGUGAGAGGAAGCCUGCUGUCAACGACCGGCAGGUAAAGUUGAGUCGUGGCAAGUUCCUUGGUGGGUGUUCUGGCUGUAACGGCACGCUUUGCAUCCGUGGCUCGAAGCAAGACUACGAUGACUGGGGAGUCGAUGGCUGGAGUGGUGAAGAUUUCUUCAAGUACAUUCGCAAGGCAGAGAAGUUCCAUGGUAAGUCUUGGUUUGAAGCAUCCGAUGACCAUGGAACCAGCGGCUACUUGAACAUCGAACCUCACGAUCUCGCUCCCAUUUCCAACCUCAUCAUGGACUCAAUGGUUUCUAAGGGACUGCCCCUUGACCAUGAUAUGUUUUCCCAUGGAAAUAACCCUCAUGGAUGCGGACAUGCUCCCAGAACAGUCCACAAUGGACUACGUAGCACUGCCGCGGACUUUGUUACGAAGGAAAACAAGAAGAACAACCUUGAUCUCAUGGUUGAGACGCAUGUCGAAAAGGUCAUCAUCGAAAACGCAGAUGGCGAGCUUAGGGCUACUGGCGUUCGGGUCAUCAAAGCCGAUGGCUCCGCGGUCCAGAUAAAGGCUAGAAAGGAGGUAAUUGUUAGCGGCGGUGCCUACUGCAGCCCUAACAUUCUCAACCGAUCUGGGAUCGGGGCGAAGUCUGAGCUAGAGGCGUUCGGUAUUCCGACUCUGGUUGACUUGCCAGGCGUCGGUAAGAACCUAAUGGACCAUCUCAUUGUAUUCAUGUUUUACGAGACUGAGAAAGCCGGACUUACAAACGACCAUCACGUCUACCACGGUGACAAUUUUGCCAAGACAUACGCCCUCUGGAAGGAUCAGAAGGCCGGCUUUCUUUCAUCUUUCCCUUUCGGUGCAUUUGCUUACGCUCGUCUGGAUGAGCGUCUCGCCGAUUCGGAUCUGUGGAAGAACGCACCACGUGCUCCUGGCCGUGACCCGAUGGGCCUGACACCGAAGCAGCCAAACAUCGAAUUCUUUACAACGGAGUGCUAUGGUGGACCAAAGCAAUUCGAUAAGUUCCCGACUGAUGGGAAGCAUGCUUUUAGCAUGAUUGCUGAGCUAUUCGGCCCUCGCUCUCGUGGCACGGUGACCCUCCGAAACACCGACGCCACAGCUGUCCCGGUGGUUGACACCAACUACCUCGCUGACCCUCUUGAUGUCGAGGUCCUGGCAGAGGCGUGUCGGUUCGGCAACGAGAUCAUCAUGGAAGGCAAGGGUACCAAGGAUAUUGUCAAGGGUUCCUGGCCGAGCGACCUGGUCCACCACAAAUACAGUACCCGUGAGGAAUGGAUCCCCUACGUUCGUGACAAUGCGACAACUUGCUACCAUGCCGCUGGGACUUGCGCUAUGGGCAAUGCAUCAGACCCUAACGCCGUUGUCGACCCUACUCUCACUGUGAAGGGAGUCAAGGGUCUCCGAGUGGCCGACUGUAGCAUCAUGCCUAUUCUUCAUGGAGGCCACACACAAAUGCCUGCGUAUGGAAUCGGAGAAAAGGCUGCUGAUCUCAUCAAAGAAGCAUGGGCAUUGUGA